UGAAUACACGACUAUUGACACUGGACAAAUGGAAAACACCACCGCUUUCCUCGCCUGGAAAAUGGAAGGGGCGUUAUCAUCUUGCUCCUAAAAUUACUCUGAGAAUCUAUUUUAAAACUCAGCACCCUUCAGCCUUUCUUUGCCGGACUAUCUUGAAACGUCAUGCAUGCCUGCUGUCACGUAUUUGGGGAAGCAAAGUGCUGAAGCAUGUUUUCUUUGUUGACCCGAGUACUUCAGAAGCUGGGUAAAUUCAGUGCCAAUUUUCGGAACCGAAUCAGCCAAUUUAGUUCCUCUGCUUUUAUUGUUCCUUUUCUUCAAUGUACUUAGCCUGGAAUUAGACAUUGGUGAGCACAUUAAAUUACCUGGCUCCGCUCCUACAACACUGCCUGGAACAGAAUAGACAUUAAAUAAACAUGUGGACCCACUGAUUACAUGAGAAAGGACUGAAGCAGUUAGCUCCAUCCCAGGGCUUCCUUGAGCCACACUUUGCUGUGAAAGAUCAUCCCAGUCUCCUUGAAGUGGAACAAGAACGCUAUCCUGAGGUGAAGAACCCCUCCACUUGAUCCUAGUCCCUGUUCGGCUCCAACACGGGUGAUUAGAGUCUGGGAAAAGAACUGCUUUCUUCACGUAAGCUACUAAAUUGCAAUGUCCGCCAAAAGGCAUAAAGCAGUUACUGGCGCUGAGCAGGAGGAAGUGGAGCAGCUAGCUGCAGACCCUAGGGCGGAGCCUCGGCUGAAGCUCGCGUCUGCAGCUUAAGGCAAACCAUCCACCCCCGCCCGUUAGAGGGUGCUGUGCUGAGAUCCCUACUGACUGACUCUAUGGUCGCUGUCUCCCACGGCUCGGAGGAAGUGCACUCAGGCACCGCCUAUAAACUUCCGUUGCUGCUCUAGCCUCUCUCUUUCUGAGCUGGUAGCGCUCCUGCAAACAUGGUGAACGUUCCUAAGACCCGCCGGACAUUCUGCAAGAAAUGUGGGAAGCACCAACCCCACAAGGUGACGCAGUACAAGAAGGGCAAGGAUUCUUUGUAUGCCCAGGGAAAGCGGCGUUAUGACAGGAAACAGAGUGGCUACGGCGGGCAGACUAAGCCCAUUUUCCGCAAAAAGGCUAAAACUACAAAGAAGAUUGUGCUGAGACUGGAGUGCGUUGAGCCCAACUGCAGAUCUAAGAGGAUGCUGGCUAUUAAGAGAUGCAAGCAUUUUGAACUAGGAGGUGACAAGAAGAGAAAGGUACCACAAAACUUUGCAGAGUUAACUGUUUCAGGUCUCAGUGUACCAUAGGUACACUGCUUAGUUAUACAGCUUAGUUACAAAUCCCAUACCUGAAAUAUUUGGGACCAAAAGGAUUUUUUUUUUAUAUUUUGUGAAUCUGGCAAAUGCUUUUAGUUGACAAAUGCAAAAUUUUGAACACCAAUAUAUCUAAAAGAAAUGGCUGUUAAGAUUUUUCAGUGUUUAGAUUUGGCUGUGGCUAGGCUUAAACCCAGAGCCAUGGAUUAUUUAAAAGUUACAAAACACAACAGUUUGUUUUUCUGUUUUGUUUACAGGGCCAAGUGAUCCAGUUCUAAGCUGAUUUUGUUAUGAAGACAAUAAAAUCUUGACCUUUCACCCCC